CUGCCAUUUCUGCUGCCUGAAUUGUUCUGGUUGCGAUCUCUGUUGGUGUUUACAAAACCUACCUAACACCCACCGGGGGCCAUAUGUGCUGUGCACCCACCUCCUCUCUGCGUAUGGGCGCGGUAGCUGUCGCCGCCGCUGACUUACCUUGGGGACUAGCCGGACGUGAGCGGAAACCCGUUCCGCGGCCCGUCGUGCUCGGCACACAGACAAGCGUGAUGCCGGGUGCGUUUCUUUUUCUGUCCGUUCCCCCAAUUUUCUCUACUCGCUUACGACUCCCUACCUACCCGCCCUCUUACGCACCGCGUACGCGGCGCCUCGCUCGCCAAGUCGGGUGGACGGCCAUCUACCUACAUCUACGCGACUCGCGCACUUACCUGACGGUUUCCACGGGACCACCAUGCGUCGUCACAUCGCGGCUACGACAGCUCGUGGGCGAAGAGGUCGGCGAACUCGAGGGGCUGGGCGGUGAGGGCGGCGGCGUCGACGCGGGCGGCGGCGUCGUCGCGCUGGCACCGGGCCUCCUCGGCCGCGGCCUCGUCCGGGUAGCAGACGGGGCAGACGGCGUCGAUCCGGGGGAAGCGCGGGGGCUGGCGCCCGCGCUUCACGCAGUUGACCACGCGCGUCGGGUGGUACGUGCCGGCGGCCAGGCCGAGCCGCGCCCGCGCGCACCGCCGCUCGUUCCGGAACUCCAGGUGCGGCGUCCCGCUCGCCGCCUGCCGGCACCGCGCGUACCGGAACCCGUCGACCUGGCACAUGGCGCGCGGGACGGGGAAAGGGGCGGCGCGAAGGAGCGGGCUUAC